AUGGUUAAAUUCCUAUUGAAGAUCAUAAGAGAUGAAAAACAAAGGUACAAUGCAUUGAAUCAAUCAGCAUUGAUGAAUCAUAGCAAUGUAGUUCAGAUUCUUUUGGACGAAGGAGUCACUCCCGACACCAAAAGCUGUUUCUGCGCUAUACAGAAUGGAAACAAGGAUAUAGUGGUACAAAUAAUAAAUACUGGUCUUGAUUUAUCGCAGGUUUCUGAGUCUCGCCACCCACUUUAUGACAACAAUUCUGUUUCCAUAUUAGCGGAAUCUUGUUUAUGGGAGAGACUGGAAUUAAUAUCUUUUCUACUGAAAAUUUGUCCUGCUCUUAGCAAUGAAAAAAAUGACGUUGGCGAUUCUACCAUUCAUUUUGUUGCCUACUCAGGCGCAACAGAUGCACUUAACUCACUUAUUGUCGACCAUAAGUGUAACCCAUACCUUAAGACUCAUUUAGGGGCAUCAAUUCUUCAUUGUGCAUGUGAGAACGGAAAACUUGAAACAGCAAAGUAUAUAAUGAGUCAAUACCCUGAUCUUUUGAAUGAAGAACAUGAUUUAUACAGGGAUGGAUCUAUUCUACAUAUGGCUGCUGCUGGGGGUAAUAUUGAAUUGUUUCAUAUUUUUAAAAAACAAAAGAUGACUAUUUCCUCUGAAACAGGCCAAACUGUAUUACACACUGCCUGUCGUUAUGGAAGAUUUGAGAUGAGUAAGAUGCUCCUCGACAGAUUUCCACAUUUACUGACUGUCAAAGACAUAAAUGGCAAUAGUGUCUUACAUACAGCUGCUUGGGGAGGUAACACUGAUUUGCUGAAGUAUCUGUUGAAGAAAAAGUUGAACAUUGAUGAAAAACAAAAUGAAGGAAAAACUGUACUAAAUCUGUGUUGUUAUACUGGUAAGAUAGAAAUGUGCAAAUAUCUUGUCAAAACGUACCCUUAUCUACUGGACAUCACUGACAAUAAUGGUCAGAAUGUGUUACAUGAUGCCGCUUUGGGUGGUAAUGUUGAUCUAAUUAUAUUCCUAGUAGAAAAAGGCUUGGAUAUCAAAAGUACUGGAAAUGACGGGUCAACUGUGCUCCAUCAAUGUUGUAAUAAUGGUAAGAUGAACAUGUGCAAAUAUUUGGUCAACACAUAUCCUGACUUACUCCAUGUCACUUACAAAGAUGGUCUGAAUGCCUUACAUGGUGCAACCUGGAGUGGUAAUGUUGAUCUAAUUAUAUUCCUAGUAGAGAAAGGCUUAGAUAUCAAAAGUACUAGAAAUGACGGGUCAUCUGUGCUACACCUGUGCUGUUUGAAGAGAAAUAUAAAUAUGUGCAAAUACUUGGUCAACACAUAUUCUGACUUACUUUAUGUCACUAACAAUAAUGGUGAGAGUGCCUUACAUAAAGCAGCCUGGAGUGGUUAUGUUGAUCUGGUUAUAUUCCUAGUAGAGAAAGGCUUAGAUAUCAAAUGUACUAGAAAUGACGGGUCAACUGUGCUACAUUUGUGCUGUUUAAAUAGUAAGACAGAUAUUUGCAAAUACUUGGUCAACACAUAUCCUGACUUACUUAAUGUCACUGACAAUAAUGGUCAGAAUGCCUUACAUGAUGCAGCCUGGAGUGGUAACGUUGAAAUACUUAAGUUCCUCUUAGAUAAAGGCUCAGAUAUCAAUAUCGCUAGAAAAGACGGGAAAACUGUGCUGCAUCUGUGCUGUUUAAACAGUAAAAUAGUUAUGUGCAAAUACUUGGUCAACACAUAUCCUUUCUUACUCGAUGUCACUGACAUUGAUGGUGGGAAUGCCUUACAUGAUGCAGCUUGGAGUGGUAACGUUGAAAUACUUAAGUUCCUAUUAGAGAAAGGCUUAGAUAUCAAAUGUACUAGAAAAGACGGGUCAUCUGUGCUACACCUGUGCUGUUUGAAGAGAAAUAUAGAUAUGUGCAAAUACUUGGUCAACACAUAUCCUUUCUUACUCGAUGUCACUGACAUUGAUGGUGGGAAUGCCUUACAUGAUGCAGCUUGGAGUGGUAACAUUAAAAUACUUACGUUCCUAUUAGAGAAAGGCUUAGAUAUCAAAUGUACUGGAAAAGACGGGUCAUCUGUGCUCCACCUGUGCUGUUUGAAGAGAAAUAUAGAUAUGUGCAAAUACUUGGUCAACACAUAUUCUGAUUUACUUUAUGUCACUAACAAUAAUGGUGAGAAUGCCUUACAUAAAGCAGCCCAGAGUGGUUAUGUUUAUCUGGUUAUAUUCCUAGUAGAGAAAGGCUUAGAUAUCAAAUGUACUAGAAAUGACGGGUCAACUGUGCUACAUUUGUGCUGUUUAAAUAGUAAGAUAGAUAUGUGCAAAUACUUGGUCAACACAUAUCCUGACUUACUUAAUGUCACUGACAAUAAUGGUCAGAAUGCCUUACAUGAUGCAGCCUGGAGUGGUAACGUUGAAAUACUUAAGUUCCUCUUAGAUAAAGGCUCAGAUAUCAAUAGCGCUAGAAAAGACGGGAAAACUGUGCUGCAUCUGUGCUGUUUAAACAGUAAAAUAGAUAUGUGCAAAUACUUGGUCAACACAUAUCCUUUCUUACUCGAUGUCACCGACAUUGAUGGUGGGAAUGCCUUACAUGAUGCAGCUUGGAGUUGUAACGUUGAAAUACUUAAGUUCCUAUUAGGGAAAGGCUUAGAUAUCAAAUGUACUAGAAAUGACGGGUCAACUGUGCUACAUUUGUGCUGUUUAAAUAGUAAGAUAGAUAUGUGCAAAUACUUGGUCAACACAUAUCCUUUCUUACUCGAUGUCACUGACAAUAAUGGUCAGAAUGCCUUACAUGAUGCAGCCUGGAGUGGUAACGUUGAAAUACUUAAGUUCCUCUUAGAUAAAGGCUCAGAUAUCAAUAUCGCUAGAAAAGGCGGGAAAACUGUGCUGCAUCAAUGCUGUUUGAACAGUAAGAUAGAUAUGUGCAAAUACUUGGUCAACACAUAUCCUUUUUUACUCGACAUCACAGACAAUAAUGGUGUGAAUGCCUUGCAUGGUGCAGCCUGGAGUGGUAAUUUUGAUCUUGUUAUUUUUCUCUUAGAGAAGGACUUAGAUAUCAAAAGCACUAUUAAUAAUGGAAAAACUGUGCUUCAUUUGUGUUGCAUGAACGGUAAGAAGAUUAAGGAUAUGUGUAAAUACUUGGCAAACACGUAUCCUUUUUUACUCGAUGUCACCGACAAUAAUGGUGAGAAUGCCUUACAUAGUGCAGCCUGGGGUGGUGACAUUGAUUUAUUCAAAUUUCUUUUAGAGAAAGGCUUAAAUAUUAAUACCGCUAGAAAUGACGGGAAGACUGUUUUACAUAUGUGUUGUAUAAAUAGGGAAAUAGUAAUGUAUAAGUUUUUGGUCGAAAUGUAUCCUAACUUAGUGGAUGUCGAAGACAAAUAUGGCAACGAAGCAGUUCUUUAUGGACUUUAA